AUGGAGGACCGGCGUCUGAUGCAGCAGCCCUGCAACGAAGAGCUCUGUGAAGAUGAGCUUGGCUAUCCGAAAUGGAAGGAUCCGGAGUACUUCAAGAAAGAGCUGCAGAGGAUGCGCGAGGAUCCGCGCAACAAUGCCAAUCGCGGGCGCUCUAUGGAGGACCAGGAGUUCUGGAACGAGGCUGCCCGGCUCCCCUGGGCCAAGGUCCUGCUGCGCAAGGAGCAGUAUUGGACGGAGAGACGGAAUGUUUGGCUCCAGCAGUAUGGCAAGGUGGUUCGGGGAAAUCGCGGCCGGCUACGCAUGGGUGAGGAGCUUGAGGAGUGCUCUGUGGAGCUACGGCGGCUUGUGGCCCCGGUACUCCAUUGCCGAGUGGUCGAGCAGCUGCUUCUGACUGCGCUCGAGGAAGCUGACGACUUGCAGCUGACCUUGUCCGACUUCCUUGAGGACUCACCAGGAUGUGAGCUCCUCGCGGAGCUGCAGGCCACCUGCUGCCGCCUAGCCUGUGGCACGCGCGAGGAGCAGGAGCGGCAAGCGACGCUGAUGCAGGAAGAGUUGGACGGCCGACUGAGGGAAGCCCAGCAAGCUGCCCAAAAGGAGUUGGAUCAGGCCACUCCGGCCCGGACAAUAAUCGACAUGGAGGGGCUCCGCGUUGCUUUGGAGUACGGCCAGAAGUGCCGCAAGGAUGGCCUCGUGGAGUACCAGCGUGGCAACUUCGAGGAGGCCCUGCACAGCUGGAGGCAAGGCGAUCUUGGCCUCCGGCGCUUUCGAGCGCCGAUGCGCUGCGAGGAUGAAAACACCAUGCUUCGCGAGCUGCACGGUUCGGUCCUGCGUAACUUAUCCCAGGCCGCUUUGAAGCUGGGUAGCUACGGAGAGGCGCUAGAUGCUGCAAACAGGGCCAUUGCACUUACUGGUGGUCGAGGUCUGGGUCAAGGCGCCGGCGAUGCGUUGGGAUGUGGCUUAGAAGCCUCCGGCGAGAUCGACGUGAAGGCUUGGUAUCGACGUCACUUGGCUUUGGAGGGAUUGGGCUACGUCCGCGAGUCGGCAGCAUGCCUCCAGUACAUUGAGGAGGCUGCGACCUGUCGUCCCGACGGAGAACGCCUCCGUCGAGAUUGCCAGCGCCGACGCGAAAAGAUGCGCAAGCAGCAGAGGCGGAGGACUGCGGAAGAGGGUCGCAUGGUUCGCCGGGGCCUCCGCAGUGGCGUCUUUGCCGGGGAGCGUCCAGAGGCCUCCGAGCAGGCCCUCGUUCCUUCGGAGACGUCCCCUUGGUCUGCUGGCCUUGCUGACCCUGCGGCAGCCUGUGCAGAAGCCGCUGGGGGCUUCAAAGGCUCCGGUGAUUCCAAACACCUUACGCAUGAAGGUGCCACAGAACUGCUGGAGGACCUGCGGUGUGCCUACACGGAACCAUCUUUCGUCCGCCGCGUGGACAAGCUCAGCAAGGACGUCCGCUUCGAUGCGCGAGAGUUCGCGCCACAGCUCGCCCGGCUGAGUUUCGAGGCACAGGCGCCAAUCCUGAAGAAGUGGGGCUUCGAGGCUUCCUUGGCAGGCAGCCAGGAGAUGAAAGAGGCUAUCCAGGAGCGGACCCGUUGCGAUCCGAAGCUGAAAGAAGUCUCCGACGAGGUCAGCCGCGCUUUGUAUGGCAGUCCCGAGCUCCUCAUGUACGAUCGGGUGAAGCUGCUGCUUACCGGCGGGACUUGA